GGGCUGAAUAUCUUUUGGCGAUACGAACAAAAUCAAGAUCAGUGAUUAUAUGAUUCGAAUCAAGUAAGAAUAAGUGUAGGCUGUAGCUUAUUUAUCAAUGGAAAGGAUUGACGGUCUAGACAAGACCAUUCACGAGCAGAAAAAUAUUAUCAAUGCUCUUUUAGAGAGGAUACAAAGUUUCGAUGCUCAACACACCUUUAGGUCUAGCCCUUCGACUCAAGACAAAGGGAAGGCAAGGGCUGAGGAGCUGAGGAUUGUUGGAAGGGGCUGAGGAUCUUUAGAAAAAAAUGCUCUUUGUGCUCCAUUUUGUAUGAAUUGAUAAAAUCCAAAUAACACUCUGUGAAGAAUGGAAAGAGACCGUUUCUGGAUUUAUGACCAUGCUGCCAUGAGGCAAGCAAUCUUCGUAUGUGGGGAGUGUAUG